UCAAUGCCUCUCCCUAUGCGCCCCUCUCCCCCUCCCCCCUCACACCCAGCCCCCUCUCCCUCGGUCCCAGUCUCCCCAUGCCCCCCCUGUCCCCCCUCUCCCUCCCCGAGUGUGUACCACGAGAGACAGAGGCUGGAGCUGUGCGCCGCUCACGCCCUCAACAAUCUUCUACAGCGAAGCGUCUUCGGCAAAGACAGCCUGGAUGAGCUCUGUCACAGACUAUCUCCCGACACCCUGUUCAACCCACACCGAAGUUUAUUAGGGACGGGGAACUAUGAUGCAAAUGUUUUAAUGGCUGCCUUACUUACCGAAGGACUUUCUGCAGUGUGGUGGGAUAAACGCAGAUCGCUGGGUUCUCUAUCGCUGUCGCAGAUUAGAGGCUUCAUCCUGAACAUUCCCAGUGCGGUGACACUGGGCCCCAUCUCCCUCCCUAUCCACCGCCCACACUGGAUAGCCAUUCGGCCCAUUGACGGUUCCUACUACAACCUUGACUCCAAACUACAAGCUCCUGCUGCUAUCGGCAAUGAGGGGCAGCUACGGACGUUCCUGAGCGGACAACUCUCCCAGGCCUCCUGCGAGCUGCUGCUGGUGGUGGAGAGAAACGUCGAGGAAGAUGGAAGCUGGCUCUCCCCCUCCUGAAUCCCCACUCUCUCCCCAUCUCUCUCUCCCCCAGCACCACAGAGACGGAGAGAGAGAGAGAGAGAGAGGGAGGGAUGGGGCGGGGAUGAAAGCUGGCUCUCCCGGUCCUGAACUCCCCCCCUCUCCCUCUCCCUCUCCCUCUCCCUCUCCCCCCUCCCUCUCCCCCCCUCUCCCCCCUCCCCCUCCUCUCUCUUCCUCUCUCUCUCUCCCUCUCUUCCUCUCUCACUCCUCCCUUCUUACCCCCUCCCUCUCACCCUUCUCUCUCUCCCUCUCCCAGCACCUCACAAAUACAGGAAAAGAGAGGGGGUGGGAUGGGAGAGAGGGGGUGAGAGAGGAGAGG